UCUUCCAAGUGUAAUUUCCUCACCAACCCAUCAACCAUCAAGCCUGAUUCAUCAUCUUCUUCUUCAACCGGUCUUCCUCCAAAAAUAUUAUGGCAUGGUUUAUGUUCAUCCUCUGUGUUUUGUUUUGUUCUUUUCAUGUCUUGUUAGCUAAUGACUUGUCAAAGUUCAUUAACAUUAGCUGGGGAGAUGGUCGAGGUCAAAUGGUUAACAAUAACGAGCUUUUAACGCUUAUCUUGGAUAGAGGCUCGGGCUCGGGCUUUGAAUCCAAGAACGAAUACUUAUUUGCAAAGGUUCAAAUGCGAAUCAAACUUGUUUCUGGAAACUCUGCUGGCACUGUCACUACAUUCUUUUUAUCAUCAAAAGGUGAUUACCAUGAUGAGAUAGACUUUGAGUUCUUGGGAAACACAAGUGGAAAUCCUUACAUUGUUCACACCAAUGUGUUUUGUGAAGGAAUUGGCAACAGAGAGAUGCAAUUCUACCUUUGGUUUGACCCAACUGCUGAUUUCCAUAACUACACCAUUUUUUGGAAUCACCAACACAUUGUUUUCUAUGUAGAUGAUAUUCCCAUAAGAGAGUUCAAGAACUUCCAAGACAAAGGAGUACCCUUCCCACAAUAUCAAGCCAUGAGGUUAUAUUCAAGUCUAUGGGAUGCUGAUAAUUGGGCUACAAGAGGUGGUCUUGAGAAGACAGAUUGGAGCCAAGCCCCAUUCAAGGCUUAUUACGAAAACUACAAUGAAGAUGGCUGUUUUUGGUACAAUGGAUACUCUUCUUGCACUCCCAAUUCAAAUUCAUGGCUAUGGGGAAAUUUUGAUUAUGAUUAUGCAAUGAAAGGCCAAAUGAAAUGGGUACAAGAUAACUAUAUGAUCUACAGUUAUUGUCAAGAUUCAAAGAAAUUCCCACAAGGUUACCCUCUUGAGUGCUACCUCAACACCUACUAGGGGAAGGAUAACCUAAAACAAACACACAAGAAAACAAACAAAGGAUUAUAUGUAUUAAGCAUUUUCAUUAGAUUCAAACUUGUAAUGGCUGAAAUUGACGUGUUUGAUGUUAGUUGAGUUAUUCUCAAGUCGACUAUUAUCAAAUUUAUUCUAAUGUUUGUUAUUUUUCUAAAUGUCUUUCAUAUUUCACUUUCUUUUCUUAAUUAUGGUUGAUAGGAAAUUCGUUUUCUUUGGAUUGGGAGUAUGUAAUAUUCAUCAACGUACGCUAUUUUAUGAUCACAUGGCUUUUGUUGUAUUGUUCUAAUAAAAUUCAACUGUUAAUUUCUUGUAAA